AUGUGUGGGAUUGAAAGUGCAACCGAUUGUCUUAUCUUGAAGGCAAAGAAACUUGUCAGGAUUGAUUCAAACGGAUCAAAAGUUAAAGACGCAUGUUUUGAUGAAAAUAUUGGAAGUGUUGAAUGA